AAAUAAAAAACACUAAAUAGUUUUUGACGUUUCUUAAAAAACAACAAACUUUAACCUCUAAAUUUAGCAAUUCCUCAGAAAAUUGCACCAAACAACAAACAAACCCGCAACAAUGAGAUGACAAAAUGUGGUACAGCGCGUUUAUCCGUUUCAUACGACGCAGGAUAAUACUGGGCUUCAUAUUCCUGCUGUCGUUCAGCUACUGCGGCCUCAGCUACCUGAAGAACGCUGGCCUGUUCAACGGCAACGACGACGAGGUGGCGGCGAUCAAGCGCACCCAGCCGUUCGUGUGGCGCAGCCUGCAGCAGCACAACGCCAGCGACGACGACGGCUGCCGCAACUCGGUGCAGGGCAAGCUGUUGAUCGCCGACGACAGGGGCUACCUGUGCCCGAGGGCGGAGCUGCUGCGCAACGGCUGCUGCAACAGCCUGGGGCCCGGCGUCGCGCAGUACGACUGCGACACGUGCCGGCCGAACAACUGUUGCACGAUAUACGAGCACUGCAUCUCGUGCUGUCUGCAGCCCGACAAGAAGGAGGUGCUCGAGAGCGUGCUGGGCAGGGCGUCCGAGCAGAACAACGUGCUGAUCGCUUCAGUGGCGGAUCACUUCGAGCUGUGCCUGGCCAAGUGCAGGACCAGCUCGCAGAGCGUAAGGCACGAGAACUCGUACAGGGAUCCCGAGGCGAAGCACUGCUUCGGGGACGUGGCUGCUGUGAACGUCGAUGGCGAAGUGUGAUAAAUGUGAUAUACAGAGCGUUUCGUUUUGUUAUUGUAUUGAUCUUUGUCACUGCAUAAUCUAUCAGUUCGAUAUACAAAAAUUUCUGGGUGGUAACAAUAAAUUAUUCGAACAUGUGAUAUUUGACUGUAGGCUCGAGUAGAUAAAGGCACUUUAAUAUCCAAAAUAAUAUUUGAUUAUGCAUUAUUUAAAUGUUUCGAAAAAUUAAUGAGUACAUUGUUAUUUUAUAAUGAUGAUAUGGUAUCUAAAAGACAGAGAAUCGAAAAAUUAUUAUUAUAUUAAACCAAUUCAAGCAGUGGCGUAGAUUGUCGUUUUUUUUUAAUAUCUUCGAAACAGAAAACAGUGAUUUGGGUUAAAUAUCGUGCCCAGUAAUGAAACACUCUCUAUAUUUCCGUAUUAAAUUGAUAUUAGCGUUAUGAUUAUUUUAACAUAUAUUAUUUAUAAUAGCAAAAUUGGUUUGUAAAUUAUUUUAUUUGGAAAUAUCUAUUUCGAUUGAUGCCUGUGUAGAAUUUGUACGAAUGUUUAUUUUUUAUUUUGGUUUUAUUAAAGAUUUU